AUGGAUUUCGAUCUUGGAAACGGAAACCCACAGUCCGGCGAAUGGAAUGCCGAAUUUAACACGAAUGAUACCUCAAGUGAUGUAAACAAAACAGUAACUGCGUCUCAAUUCAUCGCUGGAUUUUAUGCACUGCUCUUCUACCUCGUCCUUCUCAUCUUGAGUAUACUUGGCGUUUGUUUUAGAGCAUGUGUCAAGAUGUUUUCAUCUCGAGCCACCUCUCUCCUCUUUUUAAUAGGGACGAUGCUAGCCUGUGUAAACGUGCUCUGCAAUUCGGACAACUUAGAGGUGAGAGUAUACUUUCGCCUGCCCACGGCUUUUCUCGUUGGAAUCGUCUUUGUUUUGGCUGGAGCGGUGUUCUUCUUCUCCAAACCUGAAGAAGUGGCCAAUCAAACUACCUUAGCGAGACAGCAACCCUCAAUGGGACUUGUUGUCGGAGUAAUAUCCAUCCCUUUGAUCAUCGUCGAGAUAUUUCUCCUUGCUGCAGCUAGUGCUUCAAAGAACAAAAGCGAUCCGGAACCACUUCCUCCAAAGUCUUGGGCUCUUGUUGUCGCAGACAAGACAACGUUUCUUGUCCAGAAGGUUGUCCAAGCAAUUGUAUAUAUUUUGUUGUUAAGAUAUAGGACAAUCUGUCCAAGGUACAAAGAAAAUGCUAAGUUUUAUUUGAAGACCCUGGCGUUCUUUAAUUUCAUCGAAUGGGUAGACUCCCAAGUAAACGAAGACACCGAUAUCAAGUUAAGUCACACUAACCUGUCUUACAAUGCUUGGUUCGAUAUCCUUACAGUAUUUUACAAGGCCUUGAUAAUAGAUUACCGCCUUCUAUGCUCACUUCUGUUCCUUGAGCAUUCAUUAGAGGACGAAAUGGCGGACAAUUACGACGAAGUAAACGACACACCUAAUAGAAACAUGACCUUGAAAAAAGAACAAUAUAGAGCUGCAGGGGUUUAUUUUUGGCUUCUUGAGUCUGUCUGCACCAAUCUGCACAGCACUGUAUUAUGUUAA